AUGACGCAGCAAGAGUACGGCUAUCAAUCCAUUUACAGAGACCCGGUGAGUAGCGCAACGCGAAUGAGAUGGUUGCAGAAGCUCAUGGACUUUAUGGCACUUACGGCUGUCAGGCAUAGAAAUUCCAAGCUAACAACCAAGGCGCAGGUAUACAAUUCGGACGGGGACUUUCUCGGGUUUUCUCUAAACAUUCAUGAACACGCUAAGCAGUACGGCUACUGGCGAUUUGCAGACGAUAUAGAGAACCGGCACGCCAUCCGAGCACACAACUAUGGCUUUCGAAAACCCGAACUGUUAUUCAGUGCGUACAAUCAGAACGCCCGCGGAUUAUGGCACGUUGAGAUCAAGUUGACCUGGUACCCCGGAGAGAAAGACCCCUAUCAGGUCCGUCGCACAGGCACCACUGGCCAACAUAUGGCCAACAUCGCCGAAGAAAGGACGUUGGUGGGAUUGCCGCCCUUACUGGCACAUGAGAUUCCGGUACGUGAUUUCGAGAUUUUGGGAGCAUGGUAG